AUGAAAUCCAAAUCAUCAAAACCUGCGUCAUCUACUUAUAGGUCAUUUGACAAUGAAGAUAUAACAACUCCAAUUAAAUCAGCUCGACAUAUAAUGACUUGAAGAGAAGCCAAAAAAAAUGCAAAUUUAUCGAACCUUAAAAUCCCUCACUCCUUCUAUCCUUUAUCAAACGACUGGCCAUCAUUCUUUAUUAACUCACUUAUCACAGCUUUAAUAUUUAUAGCAUUAGAGAUUCGAGAAAUGGUAUAAUUAGGAGUAAAUAUAAAUAAACAGCACCAGAGCUCUUCGAAAUUAAUAUACCGCAACCUCUUUAAUAUUUAUUAUUAUAGGCAGUUAGAAUUUGAAGGUUGGAAGAGGAUGGAGGCUUCUUGCUUGGACAAUGAAAAAAUUCAUCAAAUAUGCCAUGAAAAGUUUUAGAAAACUUUAUAGAGUUGUUCGAUUAAAGACAAGGGGUCAGGGGAAAAUACUCAGGAGCCCAAUUAAUAAAAAAUGCGAAAGAAGAGUUGUCAGAAUUAGGGAAAUAUUUAUUAAACACAAACACAACAGAUGUUUCAUAUCUGAAAGACACAAUAAAAUCUUCAAAGGCACUUCUGCAGCCUAUUACAAUUUUUCCAACAGACAUUAAAACUUUGGAAAAGUUCCUGGAAGGAAUGGACAUAUGCGAAUCUCCCAGACCUCCAGGAAACCAUCAACUCAUAAAUCAAGCCUUAUGCAAAAAAGAAAACUGUAUCGAUCAUUUAUUAGUCAAUAACCCGAGUGAAGGAAACUUAAAGAAAAACCUUCAAGGUUCUCCAUUUGCCCCAGAAAAGCAUAUUGAAAUAACGGAAAGAUAUGACUUAGGCAACCCUUCUGGCCGUCAAGAAGUAUCAAAUUUGAAAAACUGACUCUCAGCUAUGAAAUCUCGCUAUCUCACUAAUUUUGAAUCAGAAAAUGACAGCUCUAUUGAAGAAAUCAAAUCUGCUGAAUUAAUUUUCACUACUUGCCAAAGAGAAUUAGUACGCCAAGUUUCAGUUUAUUGCUUAGACAGAGGAGAGUUAUUAGAAGAAAGUCUUUUUUAUCGUAACUAUUUAUUUUCUGAUCAGAAUUAUAGUCAGUAUACCGAUCUGAAUUAAGCUACUGCCAGAUUUGCGGUACGGUUCCAUACUCCAGGUUCUAGAUUCCUCCUCUCAGGUGGUUGCCCGUUUCACAUUUACGGCACUUGCGGUUUGAGUGAGUAGGUUUGGGACUUGUUAUCCACUUGCUCAUUCUCAGCAUAAGCUGAUUCUGUGCCGGUCACUUUUUCUUGGCCUUCUGCAGGACCCGUGGUCAAGUGUUGUGACGGGAAAAGGCCCUUUUAGAAGAGGCAAAGCUACCCGCAGAGGGAGGAGGUAUACUCGCCAUAAACUUAGGUUAGAAGAAGUCUUCAAAGGCUUCCAAAAGAUUUUUAAACAAAAAGAAAAAAUCCAUGAAAAAUCUUUCGAAAAUUCAAAAGAAGAAGCUAAAAUAGAGCAGGAUAAAAGAGAAGAGCAGUUUAAUGCGCAAAUGACAAAAUCAGUUAAUUAUAUAAAAUUUUUGAGCGAAAAAAUAGCAAAUCUAAAAGAAAACAAGAAAGGAGUUAAAAAAGAUUUUGAUUUUGUAACAAAGGAGUAUGAUAAUUUAAAAGCAAAAUACGAUAAAGAAGCUGCUGAAUGAAAAAAGAAAGAAAUGAAGCUAAGAAAAGAAAUAGGAAAAUUAAAAGAAAAUUUUAUUAAGCAUGUAGAUGAAAAAUUAAAAUUCGAAACCACAGAUGAAGAUACCAGAGAAACACCAAUAGAAAGGGAGAAUUUAAUCAUUAACCGAAGCUUUAGAUUUGGUGGAGAAGACAUAAAAAACGUUAAUAAAGCUUAUAGACACAUGCUGGAAACUGUAGAAAAGGUAGACCAAGAAGUCCAAGUCAUGAUCCCAGAAACAAAAAUAGAAGUGCCUGAGCAGAAACAUGAGAUUAUAAAAAUCGUUGAAAUAGUAAAAGAAGUGGUAAAAAAAGAAGCAAUAAAAGUAGUCACAAAAAAUCGAUAUACUCAGACUGGCUUUAUCGAAAAUUUAGUCCAAAAUAUUCCUGAAGAAGCUGCUGAAAUUUCAUCAAGCAAUGCUAAUGAAACUUUUAUUAGCGAUGAUAAAGAAGACAUAGUUGCCCCAACAAUUGAAAUAAUCCCGAAUAAUGUACCUGAAACUCCGAAAAUUAAUGAAAAUUCUCAAAAAGCUCCAGAAAUCACGAAAAUCGAAAGUAGUGAGACAAGUGCAGUUCAAGAAGCUCCAGCUAAUACAUAUUCAGAAUCCUCUGAGCCACCAAAGAACGAGCAAAAAUUAUUAAAUCUUAAAUCAAUUAAAGAAAAAGCUCAAAAGCCAGUAAAAAUUAGAAGAAAAUCUGGGAUGCUAGCAAUCCCCAAUACUUCCGAGCUUGAUACUCAAAAAAAUCGUGCUAAUUCUACCAAGCCAAUAAAAUCAAGCAAAACUUUAUCCAAAAAAAAGAAUGGAGAAUCUGAUUUACAACAAUCCAGAAAUUCUAUUGAUUUUUCAGAAAAUGAGGAAACUCUUGAAAACCUAGAAUCAGAAAUUUCUAAAAAAAGAGAAGAGUUAUACCAAUUAGCAAAAGAAGUCUCUCAAAAUAAGGAAAUAUUAGAAAAAAAUAAUGAAAGCUCGAAAGUAGAUAUAAACAGCGCUAGAAAAACUUCAAUACCUUCUCUUGAUAUUAAAAAAAAGAAAGACAGACAAAAUAAAAAUAAAGGAACUUUUUCUACUCCAAAUACUUCUAGAAGUAUAAAGGAGCAGCAAAGUAAAGAAGAAAACACUCCUAUACGAGAAAAAGCUCCAGAGAUUUAUGUUCAAGAAAAAUUAGAAGUCGAAGAAGAAAUUUCGCUCAAGAAAAAAAAUUCGAAAAAUCGUUCUAUCUCUCAGUCUAAUUUAGCAAAAAUAAGCCUAGAAAAAUCAGUAUCAAGUCCGAUAAGCGCUGACCAAAGUCCUAAACUCCCCCCCCCUCCGUGAGUGAACAAAAAAAAAUUUUGUUCACUCACGGAGGGGGUUAAUUUUUUUUUUUUAAAAACAUUUAUAUAUAAAUUUUAUAGAAAAAAAUUUUUUUCGAAAUUUUAAAAAAACCUAAUUUGCAAAAAUGGGAAGCAAAUAUUAAUUAAAUUUAUAAAAAUUUAUGUUUUAAAACGCAAUUUGUUUAAAAAUUAAACAGAAUUAGCUCGAAAUUUCAUUAUACUAAUUAUCAUUUAUAUAUCAAAAAUUUUUCUAUUAAAAAAAUUUUUGUUCACUCACAGAGGGCGGGUUUUGGGCAAAAAAUGGUGAUUUUUCUAAUGGUUUUGUUCACUCACGGAGGGGGGGAGUAAGAUUCCUUUUAAAUCUUCUCGAACCCUUAAAGAACUGUCUCCUCAAAAUCCAAAUCUGCUUCUACGCUCUUAUUCAAUUACAAGCUCGAAAGAAUUAGAAGAAGAGCGCAUUGAUAUAGUAAAUAUCAUUCCUCCAAAUGCAGAUUCUCCUUCAUGAACGUUAGGCUAUCAAGCUGGCUAUGAACUAGGCAAGCGUGAAGGCUUCAAAGAAGGAGAAGCCUUUGGCAUUGAUUAAGAUUGAUUCUAGAGGGUUGUUGGGUAAUUUUUAGCCCCUACCCCUUCAUGAUUUAGUUUCACGCUCAGGAGGCUCAGAAACUAUCUCUAAUUAACGCCUUUUUCUAUCGACGUCAGGGUGACGGGAGACAGUCUGCUAGGGAGACUCACAUAUUCAGAUCUUGAUCCUUGACCAGCCGUUAAGUGCUGCUUACCGUCAGUUGGACUUUACAUACCGCUGAGUUAUCCAAAAUCUCCUUUUUGGCCUGUCUUAGCCCUAUUGCAGACUAAAGACUGCUCCCCAAAAAGUACAGAAGGAUGUAGCACCUCAGCCUACCUUCUGUAGAUUAAGGAGAUAAGGUAGCACAAAAACCCACCCCGAGAACUAUCGCCAGCGGGAUCCACUAUUCUCAGGUCUGGAUCAACUCGCAGAACACCGAGGGUUUAACUCCGCUCGCCAUUUUAAUAAUUCCUUUGGCAUUGAAGAAGGUCAGAUAAAUGGCUAUUUAAAAGCUGCAAGAGAAUAUACCAAUAAUUCACGACCUUCUCAAUUAGAUGUUUCCGAUGAAGCAUAUUGGGAAACUGACCCACAGUCAGAAAGUGAAGGAGAAUUCAAAGAAAAAUCUGAAAGCGAAGAAGGUAGCGCAGCAAAAACUGAAAGAAGACACCGAGAAAAGCAUAGAAGAAGAGCAGAAAAUACAAUGAAAAGCCAAAUCAAAAAAUCAGGGACUGAAGCUUUAGAAAAGUUACAAGAAAAUCAAAGUGAAGACUCUGGGGAGGAAGGAGAUCUAAGUUCUGAUAGCGAAAAAUAUACUAUCGAAAGCGAAGAAGAUGAAGGUGAAGAAGAAAAUAAAGAAAUCGACAAAGAAGAAGAUUUAAAGUCUCCUGGAAGGACAGAACGAAGAGAAUCCAUGGAAAAACGAAAAAUAAAAGAGUAUACCAAAUUCGCCGAAUUUCAUUUCCAUAAACGUGAAAAUAAAAAAAUCCGCAAAAAAAUGCCAUCAUCCACAAAUCUUCUUAAAAAAUUUUUAAGCCGCACGAUGAAAUGGAUUCUAAGAAAAGCUACAAUGAGCCGCAGAAUGGUGAAUAAAAUUAUGUCAUCGUUUUAUACAUCUUGCUUUUCCAGCCAUCUUGACAAUUCCCACUCUGUAAUUGAUUAUCUUUAUAAUGACAUGUCAGAUAAAUAUACACUGAAAAAAAUAACUGAUAGAAAAUUCCUUGAAUUUAUCGCGUCAGUUUUAAGGUCCUCAGAUUCAAAGCGUUCUUUGAUGUUUUUGAAGUUCACUGGGGUGAGUAAAAAACUUAGCUUGCAAGGGUAUUCUAUGUUUUCUUUUCAGUUUUAUUUGAAAUCACUUUCCUUUAUGCAAAAAGCAAAAAUUGGGAUAAACUCUUCAUUUGAUGAAACUGCUGAUAUUAUUUAUAUGCCAACUGUAAGGGCUAUUGAGUGUAUAAAAGAUAAGCUUGAUGGUGUUGUGGAGAAAUCUUCUAUAAGUAAAUUAAUUUCUCAAGUAGAGCAGGCUUCAAUACAAGACCCACUAAAAAUCAACGCUACAGGGCUAAUUGAAGAAGAAUAUGUAUUAGAAUUAAUGGUAGAAUUAUAUGAAGAGUAUAUAGCAAAAAUACAAAAAGGAAUUGAUGAGGUCAUUUUUGCGAUAAAAUAUAAUGAAAAUAAAGAUUCUAUAUCAAAACAAGAAUUUUUUAUGAUAAUAAGACACAUUUCCCCGAUGAAAUUUUAUAUUUUGCAAAAAGAAGAAGAGAUGAGUAUAGGAAAUAGUAUGUCAAUUAUUGAGCUCACGAGUAAAUGCAUAGAAAAAGGCUUAUUAGCUAUUAAUGAUGUCAAGUCAUAUUGCCAAAUAAAUGAAGACUGCACAAAAGAAGAUGUAAUGGAAGAAAUUAAGGUUUCUAUCGAGGAUAUGAAAAAUAUUGCUUAUAAAAUUGACGAUCUUGAAGAGAAAAAUAUUUUAAAUAGAGAAGAGUGGGAGAGAAAAAUGAUUAACUGUGAGAGUGGCAUUGAAGGACAAGAAGUAAGAUUUACCAAAUUAGCUUGGAAAUUGUAUCAAGACGAACUUAUUCGGCUGAAAUCGCUUAUAAAGGAGUAA